UUCUCCGUCCUCACUACUCGUUCGUUUGGCGCCGCAUCGAUAAUACUCCAACACAUUUUUACCCACCUUUUUUUUUGGUCUAAUUUUCUUAUUUAAUUACGAGGGGCUUAUUAUCAGAGUUUUAAUGUCCCGUCGCGACAGACGCUUAGCAAAAUGGAGCUAUCAGACAAACUCCGUUGGAAUCAAUUCCUGAUUUUGGCAACAGCACUUAUGUCACCUGCGUUAACGGUGCUCUGUAAUGAUAUCCUCAGCCUGAAGGUGGCGGGAGAUCCAGUUCUAACCCCUCACUCUGUGUGCCUGAGGUUGGUAGGCCUCAGCAAACGUCAGAUGCGGAUGUGUAUGCGUAGUCCCGACGUGACAGCAUCCGCCCUGCAGGGCAUCCAGGUGGCCAUCCAUGAGUGCCAGCACCAGCUGCGCGACCAGCGCUGGAAUUGUUCUUCCCUUGAAAGUUUUGGGAAGCUGCCCCACCACAGCACCAUCCUCAGUAGGGGUUUUCGCGAGAGUGCCUUCUCCCUGGCCUUGCUGGCAGCGGGUGUGGCUCACUCUGUGGCCUCGGCCUGCAGCAUGGGCAAGCUGCGGGGGUGCAGCUGUGAGGCCAAACGUCGCCAGGACGAUGACAAGAUCCGGCUGAAACUCACACAGCUGCAGCUGCAGACUCUGCAGAAGGGCGCGGUAGGCAUCGGCAUGACCAAAUCAUUACCCUCUGAUCUAAAUGGGCACCAUGGGAACCUACCACCCAACCUACACUCUGCCCACACGUCUGCCCUGCUCAAGCCUUUAUCAGAUGAGUUAAGCCCUGUGCAGGACACCUGGAUGUGGGGGGGCUGCAGUCAUGACUUGCGGUUUGGAGAUCGUUUUUCAAGAGACUGGCUUGAUUCCCGUGGCUCUCCAAGGGACAUCUAUGCUCGCAUGAGGAUACAUAAUAACCGUGUAGGACGGCAGAUAGUGACUGACAAUAUGACAAGAAAAUGCAAAUGUCACGGCACAUCAGGGAGCUGCCAGUUCAAGACCUGCUGGUACGUUUCUCCAGAGUUCCGCCUUGUUGGAUCUCUGCUCAAGGAAAAGUUCUUGUCAUCCAUCUUCGUCAACUCUCAGAACAAAAACAAUGGCGUUUUCAACCCUCGAACAGAAAAUGGUGCCCAUAGAAGCACUGGGGGUUUCAGCGAGGGACGCCGUCGAAGCAUGUCCCGAGAGCUGGUGUAUUUCGAGAAGUCGCCGGAUUUCUGCGAGCGUGAUGCAUCAAUAGAUUCUCCGGGUACACAGGGACGCAUUUGCAACAAAACUAGCUACAGCACAGACAGCUGCAGCUCGCUGUGCUGCGGCCGUGGGCACAACAUCCUGAGGCAGACUCGCAGUGAGCGUUGCAAUUGUCGAUUUCACUGGUGCUGCUACGUGUUGUGUGAGGAGUGUCGCCUUACAGAGUGGGUCAAUGUGUGCAAGUAGAUCCAACUUUUGUUUUGUUUUUUGUGCAACUGUUCCUGAGAAUCUGUUUAUCCCUCUCAUUUUGUGUUUUUUGUUAUUCCAUCAUCUGGGAUCUAUUUUCUCUGUGUAGCCGCUGUUAUUCCCAAAAUGCCAGGUCAGAGAUUGAAGAGGUGAGUCAUGUCAUUUGUUUUGCCACGGCCUGUUUGGACGCUACCCUCUCAGCCAUGAAGAGUGCUAUCGUUUCUACCCAACAGAAAAGUGGAGAAAUAGCAGAGGAGUGUUAAUGUUUCAGCUAUUGCUUUCUUAUUGAUCUUGUUGUACAGUAGCUGUGUUUUUUAUUGUGUGAGUGUAUAUUUGUAAACGUAUGUUUUAUUAAUAUGAUUAAUGUUUCAGAGUGUUUCAUGUUGGUUUGAGUGAAUGGCAGAAAGGGAAUUGCCAACUUUAUCUGGAAGAUAAAUCCAAAGUUUCAGCAUCUUCAUUUCUAAAUCUUAUGAUCUCUAAAAGAUUAGCUAAAUAUGGAUGUUUUGCUCCCACAACCUGCACAUUGUAACAUUGAUUUUAGUUCAGUCAGUUAAUUUGUAUAGUUCCAGAUUAAAAGAAAUGUCACCUACAAAUCCAAUGCAAUGUGAUUACGCUACUUUCAGUUAUAUUUAGCCUCAAGAACCAGUCUCAUUAUCUUAAAAUCAGGGAUGAUUCUUGACCCUUCCAUUGAGUGAUAGCUGUCACAUAAAAAGACACAAGAAGAUAUCUGUAUUUCUAAGGAUUAAAAUUUUAUGAAGAAUAAACAAUAAAUGAACACUUCAACUACAAGAACAAUCAAAUCCUAAUAGCAAUAAAUCAAGGUUUAAUUUAUCACACUAAGAUGUGCUUGAUGAUUAAUUAAGGAAAACAAACAUGAAAACAAAGACACUAAACCAACUCUCUGCCAAAGGUCUCUCAAGAGCCUGGAGAAAGUAGUUUUUAACCUCAGUUUGAAACUAAUCGUUGCUUUAGAGAGGAAAAGAAAAAAAAAUUCAAACUUUUGAAAGCACCUGGACCUGUAAGCUUUCAGCACCAGAACCGUCACUGAAAAAUAGAAUUGAGUGUCUUACUUUGUUCUGAAAUUUGGAUGUCUCACUUAUGGAACCGGCUGGAGUUUUGCUCAUGUAGUUCCAAGAGUCCCAUAUCUUAGCUAGGCCAAUGGGGAAAUCACUGUGGUGUUGUCUGAGAGAUCACUCGGAAACUGUCAGGCUGUCUGUUCUGCACCAGCUUCCUGGAUGUCUUGGUGGUUGUUCCGCUUUGGAUUUGAAGGCGUGUCGGAUGCAAGAGGAAAUGCUCUUAAAGGAAGCUAUUAAAUGGCACUGAACACGCAUCCAAGGUGGAUGGAGGAACAUUCUAUUCUUGGUUAGUUUUACACAGAAAUAUAAAGAAACG